AUGAGCGUCUACACCCUAGCCAACAUAUGCGGAGCACCGUAUACUGGUGGACGCAUCAGAUUCAGCCCAGAUGGAGGUUGCUUACUGGCACCCGUUGGCAACAGGGUCACAGUAUAUGAUGUGCAAACGAGCAAGAGCACGACACUAUCAUCGCAAACGCGAUCCGAUAUCGCCAUAGUGUCUUAUCAUCCAACUCUGCCUCUAGCGAUUCUCAUAGAUGUACAUGGAUAUGGAUACAUACUCAACCUAUUGCGAGAUUGUAUCCUGCAUCGGAUGCAAUUUAAGUCGUCAAGCACUGUCGCAAACGAGAAACGACAAGCGGCACUGAUGUCAGCAAACGAGUCACAACGCUUAGUUCGAGAUGCAGCCUUUAGUCCAGAUGCACAAUUUUUUGCGGUGGCUAUUGGAAAUAAGCUCUCUAUAUGGCGAUCGCCAGAGGAACGACUCUCGUGGCGAAUGACGCUACAUCGAGAAAUGACAGGCCACAUGGAUGCCAUAUCCAGCCUAGAUUGGUCCGCAGACUCACGCUUUUUAUGUACUGCAUCUGCUGACCUGACAGUGAGACUAUGGUCAGUGGACCCAAUCGAGGGAUUCGUUCCCUGCGCAUUCGUAGACCACCGGCGGCCGGUUAAAACCGCAUUCUUUUCCAGUGACAUGACACGAAUUUGUGCCAUCUCGAAGGAAGGUGUUAUCAUCGUCUGGAAAAUUGCAGAUAAAGCAACAACGCUGAGUGAAGCUCAGGGAACUGCCGCAAAACAUCUAGGCCGCAACAAAAAACGGCAGCAAAAGGUGCUGGCGGAAUCUGACCCUGCCGAAAGUAGUGAUACCACUGACAUAUCAAAUGCUGUGUGGAUCAAGGAAACACAAGCGUACUGCAACCAGGCAAAUAACACAGUGGUAUCCAGGGUUUCGUUCAACAAACAUACGGAUCUUGUCGUAAUAGGGUUCACUGGAGGACUAUUCGGACUUUACAAAUUCCCUAGCUUCGACUCGAUAUACACGCUGCGCAUCGGAAAUGAACUCCCCGUUGUUGACUCUGUGGACAUCUCUACAGACGGGGACUGGCUAGGACUAGCAUGUUCAGAAACUGGGACGCUGGUCGUUUGGGAGUGGAAAAGUGAGACUUUCGUAAUGAAGCAACAGGGUCAUCAUAGUGGCGUUCGAUGCGUAGCCUUUUCCACUGGUGGUGGAGAUACAAUCAGCUUGGGAGGGCUUGUUGACAAGGAAAUGAAGACUGACGUUGACCAGAAUUAUGCUGCUAACAAGUUGGGACUAGGUAGCCGUUACUUAGUCGCUACUGGAGGUUUUGACGGCAAAGUGAAGCUGUGGGACAGCAAUAGCGGUCUCUGCAUCGUGACCUUUGACGAACACGUAGCGUCAGUUGAGGCUAUAUGUUUCACUCCACAGGCAAACGCUAUCAUAACGGCAUCACUGGACGGCACUGUUCGGGCAUUUGAUCUGUUGCGUUAUCGUAAUUUUCGAACGCUCACUGCAUCACGGGUCCAGUUCGUAUCCGUGGCAUGCGACGCUUCAGGGACCAUUAUAUGCGCAGGAUCUAGAGGAGAAUCCAACUCCGUGUUCAUAUGGAGCCUACAGACUGGUAAACUUCUUGAUGAGUUGCACGGCCACUCGGCCGCCGUAUCUGGUGUAGCUUUUCAUCCCAGUCUCGCGUACUCUGGGUUUCUGGUUUCUGCAUCAUGGGACAAGUUCAUAAACGUCUGGAACAUCUACGGGCGUGCUGAUAAGGGAGGCGCAACUGAGCCACUGCUUAACUCAUCAAGCGUUGUCGCGAUUGCUUUUGACCCGCGGGAUAACAAUAUAUUAGCUGCAGCAAUUAUGUGUGGUCAAAUUGUGUUCUGGGAUCUUGACAACAGUGAGCAAAUUGGAAGUAUCGACGGGCUCCGUGACCUGCAGUCUGGUCGUGAUCCCAGCGAAUUCUAUGCUGCCAACAAUUCAGGGGGUAAACGCAGUCCGAAUGAAGAUAUGCAGACUGGAGUCAACCGUAAUCAACACUUCAACUCGAUCUCGUAUGUUUCGAGUGGUCGAAUGCUAGUGGCAGGGUCACGCAACUCUGCGAACGUCUGUGUUUAUAACACGGAAACAUACAGUCUGCUCUAUUCGCUAUCUCUGACGAAUAACCGUUCUUUGACAGGGAUAAUGCGUGAACUCAACUCUCGCUACAUGACCGAAUAUGGUCAUUCUUUGCAAGAGAUGGACCUAUCGGAUGAGGAAGAAGCUUAUGAAGGUGCUGCUGAGCGUAGGCGUAUACAGGCACACCAGGCAUUGCCUGGUGUACAGCAGGGUGAGCUUUCGCGUAGAUCACGGAGGUUUCAUGUUUGGUGUGUGUCGUGUGCCCCUGACGGGCGGCAGUUUGCGGCGGCGACAUCGCACGGGCUCUACGUGUAUUCUAUGGAUGCUUUCAUCAAGACGCCUAAUUACGUUAAUGAAGUGUUGAAGUCUGUAGGGUCUUUCCAGCCGCAAUUGUUAACGAAAAAUGUGACUACAGGAAACGUGUUGUCAGCUCUAGAGUCAGGCGAAUACAGCCGUGCAUUCAUUUUGGCACUUGCACUCAACGACUUCAACACGCUUCUACGGUGUUACGAAAGCGUGCCAAUAGGAUCUAUUAACCAAGUUGUAGCAUCAAUUGCGCCUGACUUCGUUUGUGUGCUGCUAAAUUUCAUCCGUGCUGCGCUGAGCCCGGACUCCCCUAACGGCACUGUACACCUGCAGUGGCACCUGCUUUGGUUGGAGGAGAUUUUCGCCAUACACAUGAACACACUUAGUGGAAUGGGAGAGGGAGGAGUACAACGUGCUAUCUCGCCAGUUGGACAGAUUGAGCCACGCACAAUGCUACUGAUGUUGCUUCGGCAGCUGCGCCAAACAAAGGCGAAUGUGUCGGGGUUGGUAAGCUCUAACGCACAAACUAUGACGUACUUAGCGUCACUUGUAAAGGAAGAUCCCGAAUAA